AUGCCUCAUGUGACGUCUCUUUUCUUCCCCGUCUCCUCUUUGGAGGAGUCACAUGACCCGCCGGGACGGUCCUCCUCUUCCGCCGACGCGCCUUGGGUGGAUGCACGAAAUAUUCCGACCGAGGUCUGGUUGAACAUCUUCGCCUUCCUUCCCACCAAUGUGAAGCUGACUGUGAUCGCCCGAGUUUGCCGGCAGUGGUAUCUACUGACCCGCUCUCCCUGCCUCUGGCGGAACGUUGAUCUGGGCUGGCGGAUUCAACUGCCCGUUCUCAGACGUCUCAUUUCCUACGGCAUCCUUGGUGAACACGUUGUCUCAGUGAGCUUGACUGGUGUGAACUAUCAUCAUUAUCUGUCUUUAUGUUUGUCUAUGCCUUAGAGUACACAGCAUACUGCGUCUAUCACUCGUCUGCAUGGGAAAAAGAUGUAAAAGACAUGAUCCGAUCAGUAAAAAUUAGGAUUUUGUUACUACUGAACCUUCAGAGAACAUUCAGGCGUAGUUUGUAGACGUCAUUAGGUUGCGCGGCUCGGUGAAUGCAGUUUCUGUCACAGUAAAAAAAUGUUUGUUAACGAGUGAAGAGGGAGCUAAUGGGGGAUUACUUUCGAAGGUCUAUCGACACACUUGUUAUUGCAUAUUGACCCAAUUGUGAAAAACUCGGCGCCUCGAUGGGAUUCGAACCCACGCAGUAAGGGGAAGGCUUUAGUACAGCCAACGCUCUAACCACUUGAGCUACGAGGCCCCGCCGGACGACGCGAGUUUAAUCACAUUUGGAUCAAGUUACCCACCCAACCUACUGCAAUGUCUGGAAUCCACCAAAUCUGAUACAGUAAGUUGACUGCCCAAACAGGAUUUCCUGAGUAAUUCGUCUAGAAUCCACCAGAUGACUACCAGGCUUACGUAAUUCACAUAUGCUAUUACUGAUAGAUUGUUAUUACGGAUACAGUCGAUAAUACGAGUUCGGGGAAACCGUUAAGAGAGGGACUCGGCCUCUGGAACAGUAAUUUUGUCCCUCUGAUGUUUCGAAUUCACGUGCGAAUUCAGCCACAGCAAAGACGCAGUUGCUACGUUCCACAUUCAUCACAGAUGCUCACACUUGGUGCAAUGGGGUCUUAGUAGCCAACACCUCAGCCCUUAACGGGCGCCAUUUAAUUACUGGUGUUGGUGAUUUGUGUCAUAAUUACUCGGCCGGUUCUGUCAAAUUACCCCGCCUGGACAAGGUCUUUGCGCAUGCUGCUAGACCUCGUGCAAGAUAACAACCACCUAAGUCGCAAGUUGGUUGAGUCACGAUUCUACGGCCCACAGUUCAUCGACAGGCUAAGGAUCUCCUCACGCCCUAUUCGACGCUCCCGCCUUACCUUGGACUGGUUUAGUCUCACUGAGAAGGCAUAAGUGGACACUGCUUCAAUUAAAGGUACAGAUUUGCCUAAUAGUCUAGCAAUUAUGACGCCAAUCAACAGCACGGCCAUUAACAACUCUAAUGUGGACGACUAAGUCACCACUGUACCAACAACGAACAGCUGCAAUGAAUGCGGAAGUCUGCUACAUGGUUGCGCAGCAAUUGCACCCACUACAUCCCCUUUGCGGACGUUCGCUCAGGCCAAGUUUGCGUCCCGUCCCAAUGUUGUGCAAAUCCGCAAGCCCAUAUCCCUGUCGCUAAUUGAUGCUUGUGUAUGCCUGUGGGGACGAGUUUUCCCGACUCGCCUUCGUAACUUGUGUCGCAUUUAGCACAUGAUGUUUCGCCGGUUGCUUUGUCGAUUUUCCCAACUAAGUACCGAAUGUUCUGCUUAGAGCAGAACAUUUCGCUUUGAUUCUCGUUUUGCAAAAAUGCUCAGCAUUUAUGGUUUGUCUGAUGCAUUUACGUUCAGCUUCACGCGCGAACAACAUUAAGUCUGCUUGUUCUUCUUUUGACUUGCGUUGUGUCCCCCUGCUUGAGUGUGUUGUUUUGCUGUCUUCCCCCGCCCGACAUCACGUGUGCAGUUGUGCUUAACAGUGCGCGGUCGUAAAAAGGAAUUUUAGGUUCUCCCUAUUUUGUUAACGUAACAGCAAUGAAAACAAUGCUCCUAGCUGAACGUUUUCACUCUAAAAACAACUUCAUAACCAACCGUUAUCUGUUUACGCUGUCCUUUAUCACAUUAAGAAAGUUUGCUUCAAUUUAGAAACUGAACCUACGUAGGCAUAGUUAUAGGUCCCACAACUAAGUGACCCAGAGUCACCAGGCAAUUCGACAUAAUACAACUGCCGACAGUCUUGACAGACUAUUCCAGACGGCCUCGAAAUUGGGCGUAGGGCUGUGUGGGACCCAAAAUGGGUUUUCACUUGUUCUCAUUCUACAGUAAAUUAUUUUUUUCUACAACCAAUGCAUAUAACACCUCGUGUUCUUAUAAGAAGAUCUCCUAGUGUUCAGAAAUUAUCGCACAAGGUACGGAUCACGUUGUGGCCAAAUUUGGUAGAACGGAGACUGGUAGCUCACAUAACUCACGCAAGAGUCUGCAAAUGCUCAUGGCCACGAACUCAAAGUCUCUAAGCAUUACAUUUUAGAAUGUAUUUGUCAACGGAAUGAAAGUACGACCGUCGCGAGCGGUGACCCUCAUCGUGUUUAUUACGGGGCAUUCGCAGCACCGGUGACAUUGCCUUACAGUGAGGGGACUUGUGUAGUGUAUGUCGCACUCUCUCCUUCCUCUCAACCCGCUGUACUCCAGUGUCAAGGCGAGGGGAGGUGGACUCAGGCGCAAUGACCGAAAAAAACAGACAGUCCGUCAACGCGUGCCACGCACGCGAUCUGACUUCACAUCAUGCACCAGGCACGUGUCUGGGAGUGCUGUGAGUGCAGUAUUAGGAGGGAACCAUUGCAACCUGCCUCUCAGUCAUCCAGCCAGCCAUCCCACAUGCCUACAUAGCGCUGACCUUGAGGAGCAAGUUGCCCUAUCAGUUGACAACCCUUUUACCUAUGGAAUAAGUGCAAAAACUCAACUUCGUGUGCAAGCCAUCUGCUGAAUGGGAUUGGACUCAUACAGGCAUCUAACGUACCAGGGUCCAGCAUGCUGCAACCUCACCAAAAUAGUCUUUUUUCAUACUUGACAGGCUUACAAGAGCAUGUGGUAAGGGUAUGGUUUACGCCCUGGGUCACUUACUUCGGGGAGCAAUCGUGCUAAAAGUAGGUGACUGGCGAUAUUUAUUUUUAGGUGCCAGAGGAAGGAAUGAAAAGACCUCUCGGUGGCUGCUGCGUUAGGUUGGUCAAGAAGCUUAAAGGUAUUCGUCGGAGUAAAAAAUAUGACACUACAAUGCCUUUCUGACAAUGCCUCCAACUGGGCACUAACUUUAUUUAUUAUUAUCAUUAAAUGGUAAAAAAAUAGUGUCCCCUUUUGAUUGGUGACAGUAUGGAGGAUCAGAAUGUGUGAUACCACAAAGUUCUUGGAUGUUCGGCUCUUUUCCUCAACACGAUUGCUCCCUGGAGUAAGUGACCCCGGGCGUAAACCAUACCCCUUGCCGAACACGUUAGUUAGUGUUUGCAUGAUUCCACUUUCAUACCAUAAUCUGAAGAUGUGGUUCUGCUCUUGCUCUUACCGGUCAUGCGGUAUAACUAGUCCGUCGUUUUUCUGUGCCCUUGUAUCCCCUCCCCCCACCCAAAAGGCACCCUCUUUGCCUCGCUGGACGUAG